AUGCUUCGUAAAGUUAAUUUAAAAGCACCAAGAGCUAAGGUCAUGUCUGGAGUAGUGGAUUACCAAAAUGCUAUUAAGGAAUGCAAGCAACUGCUGUCUUCAAAAGAAGAUUUACAACAUUCUUGGAUGAAUGAAGUUCUAUAUUUUCAAGAAUUGCGCCAGCUGAAAUAUUCGAUACCCGGAGAGCUGAAGAGCAGAAACAAAAAACAGGUAGAUUCAUAUAUGUCAGGAUUGUGGAAGAAAUGGAAGAAAUGUAGAUCUUUGUUAGAAAAAGAAAAAUUCACCCAGAUGGAAAAACUUCAGGAGGAUUGGAUAGAGAAGUACGGCGAUGUACCUCCAUCUGUCUCGGAAUUACUUCAGCGGUUUGAAAAUUUAAAUGUGAACGAACGCGGAAACUACACAUGGUCCUCUUUGAUAGCAGCAUCCAAAACUUCUGCAAUCACAAAUACUAAUAAAAAAAUAUCCGAGCUUUCAGAACUCCUGCGUAGAAGGACGCCGUACGAUGAAAAGGUUUCUCAAAUAAGUAAAGAAUAUGAAAUUGAGCUUGAUAUGGAUCCCUCAUCGAUCCAAUGGCGAGAAAUGACCGAAACACUUCGACUGUUGCGGGACCGCAACACUAUCUUGUUUUCAAUUGAUAUUGAAGCAUAUGAGGUUAUGAAUUCAGUGAUUACAGAGAUCGGAAUUUGUAUUUAUGAUCCUAGGGAAAACCAAAACACACUAACCCCACUUUACCGUACGUUUCAUCUGUGUCCUAGCGAGUCAUUAGACUGUCUAAACCUAAACUACGUUCCUGAGCAUAAAAAAAAUUUCCUUGUAGGAGAGUCCCAAGUCCUUCCAUUGGUUCAGUGCGUUGACUUUAUACAAGGACUAGUUAAUUAUUACUUGAGACAGGGUUCCGAUGACGACAAAUAUACUAGGGCUAUAGUAGGUCAUGGCAUUGCGUCUGAUUUGCGCUGGCUAGAGCGAAUUUUUAUAAAGCUCCCAUCAACCUCAGGCAAAUCAUCUCGCGUCAGGUUACUAGAUACUGCAAGUAUAUGCCAAAACUUCUAUGGUAAAGGUGCUUUUUCUUUGGCGAAGGCAUUAAGACUUCAUGACAUUCCACACAGCUAUCUACACAAUGCUGGAAAUGAUGCAUAUUAUACCUUACAGCUUCUAAUGAAUAUGACAGAUAUAGAUAAAAGAGAGGCUCUAGGCUGGGAUAAUAUAUCAGCAAUUCGUAAAAAGCUGCGUAGGUGGGAAAAGGAUGACUCAAAGUGUCUAACAUAUACUGACGGUACGCCCUAUGACGGUUUAUCCAAGCGUGGGGGUAGUGGUGGUAAAGGCUCUCGUCGGGGUAAGCCUCGGAACUGGUCGACCCAUUUUAGGCAAAUGGCUUACCAUGAUUCUAUCGCAAGCUACAUUGAGCGCUUUCAUAAUUCUGAAGUUUAG